CUACCCCAACAGCAACGCAAUGAUGAUGUCUCCAUAACCAUCACUCAAAGCUUGAAGGUGGUUUCAACUUUCAAGCUCGGAGCAUCGACCAUGGCUAUCAUCACAGAAGAACCAGAACCAGAGCCACAACAACAACCUCGCAAACCAAAAACCAAACCCAAACGUCCGUCUUCUUCACCAACUCACGGCAACACCAACAACAGCAACAACAACCCCUUCUCUUUCUGGUUCUACUUCACUCUCUCCGUUUCCCUUCUCACUCUCAUCUUUGUAUUCACCUCUUCCCUUUCUCCCCGUGACCCCAAAGCCUGGUUUCUCACUCUCCCCGCUUCCCUCCGCCACCACUACUCCAAUGGCCGCACCAUCAAGGUCCAGACGCAGCCCAACAAAACCCCCAUCCAAGUAUUCACCUUUCAAGAGGGUUCCACAUCGUCCGAAAACGUAGUCAUUGUGCAUGGCCUGGGUCUCAGCUCAUACUCCUACCGGCAACUCGCCAAAUCUCUCGCCGCCAAGGGAGUGCACGUCACCGCCGUUGACCUCCCCGGACACGGCUUCUCCGACAAGUCCGUGGAGGUGCCCGUGGAGGGGGUCAACGGGAUUUUGGGACGGUUUCAGUACGUGUACAGUGAGAUUCAAGAGAAGGGUGUCUUCUGGGCGUUUGAUCAGAUGGUGGAAACCGGUCAAAUACCGUACGAGGAGAUUCAAGCGCGUAUGUCGAAGAGAAAAGUGAGAGAGCCCGUUGAUUUGGGUCCACAAGAGAUGGGAAAAGUGUUGGAGGAAGUUAUCGAUUCGAUGGGGCUUGCACCGGUUCACUUAGUUCUGCACGAUUCCGCGUUAGGGUUGAGUGCUGAUUUUGUUUCUCAGAGAGCUGAGUUGGUGAGGAGCGUGACGCUUAUCGAUGCGGCGUCGUAUGGGGCUUUUCCCCUUUGGGUGCUGGAGGUGCCUGUGGUGAGGGAAGUGGUGUUGGGGGUUUCUUUUGUGUAUGCUAAGGUGGUGGGUUUGUGCUGUUCCAAGAGGGUUGGGGUGGCUGAUUCGGAUGCAUUGAGGUUGUUGUUGAAGGAGAGGGGUGGGAGGAGGGCGGUCGUGAAUGUGGGGAAGAGGGUGAAUUCUAGCUUUGACUUGGCAGAGUGGGGUGAGGGAUUGAAAGCUAUGCCAAUGCAGGUGCUGUGGUCUGCUGGCUGGUCUCAUGAAUGGAGUCAGGAAGGUGACAGGGUUGCCAAUGCGCUUCCACAGGCCAGUUUUGUUACACAUACUGGAGGCCGCUGGGCUCAGGAAGAUGCAACAGUGGAGAUAGCUGACAAAAUUUCUCAGUUUGUGUUGUCAUUACCAAAGUCUGUCAGGAAAGUUGAGGAAGAGUCCAUCCCAGAGCACCUACAGAAGAUGCUUGAUGAAGCAAAAAGCAGUGGUCAUGAUCACCACCACCAUCAUAGUCAUGGUCAUGGACAUGAUCACCAUGAUGAACUAUGAUGAUGCUCAACAACAAUUACAUCGAGCUAUGCUCUACUUUGGAGCUACUUUUUGAGUUUUGGGUUUGGAAAGAAUAGAUUUUUAUCCGUGGACACAUUUUAGCAAUUUAGAUAGAUGAUGUACUAAAAUUCUGGUUGCAGAAAACUUUAAGUAUUGAAAUUUCUGCAAGUGAAAACGAUGACUAUUAAAACUGAACCUGAAUGAAUGGCAGACCAGGUUAGGUCUUGGAAACUUAUUAUACUGGUUAUGGAAAAAAAUAUCUGAACAAUAUGAUGAGUGAUAAUGAUAAAGUAUUAGCUUUACGAAAAC